UAUGCGCAGCAGACAAGCUCUGAACGUCCUCUUUGCAUUGCUGACCGCGGGGGAGUCGUGGGCCCACCGGCACCCAAAGACGGAACAUGAGGUCGAGGUGCAGAGGUCGCUGCAGGCAGCCGCGUAUCAGUGUGCGCCAGCUGUCGAGUCCUUCACCGCAGCCCGGAAGCUCGCCUUUGCCCAACGAGCACUCGCCGGGAAUCCAAGCCUCCCAGGAUACCAACACCUCUUCUCAGCGGAGACGUACCGUGACCUCCCAGAGGCUCCGCACAACGAGAAUUCGGAUGAGAUAGGGGACGACGAAACGUUCAUGAAAUGCAUGCCGAUAUCCGAUACGCACAUCCAGAACAACACUUGCGUGCUGGCACCUGAGGUCACAGAGGGGCCGUACUAUCAUACCGAGGGUCAUCCGAUACGGCAGAACAUCGCGGAAUGGCAGGAUGGGCUGCUCCUGCUUCUGGACAUCGGUGUUAUCGAUGUUGAGACAUGCAAGCCUCUGCCAAAUGUUUUGGUUGAUAUCUGGCAAGCCAAUGCGACUGGCUCCUAUGCUGGCAAGUUUUCGUCCCAGCCCCUCAUCUGCAAGACGAGAAACCAGCCUCUGAAGGUCGUCGGAAGGGCUUGCUAUCAGCCUUCCCGCGUACGCAAACGCAGGAGACAUGGCUUCGAGGUGCUUGGCCUACGGACAAGAAUGGCGUCGUUCAGUUCACAGCCCUGGACCCCUAUCCCCGAGAACAACACCUUCACCGCCGGCCGCCUAGCGCACGUCGGCCAAUUCUUCUUCGAGGAGGAGUUGAACAUGGUCAUCGACAAGAUGUAUCCCUAUAUCACGAACCCGAUCAAGGACACCAUUGGGCGCACUCGCAACUCGGUGGACUCAUUGAAUAUUUUCCAGGACAGCCAUGGGCCGGAGGGGAUGUAUAAUCCCAUCUUCAAGGUCCAUAUGCUUGGGGGCGUGCUGUCACAAGGCCUCAUUGGAUACAUUACGAUGGGCGUUAACGCCAGUGCGACGUACGACAACUUCUGGAAGGGUUG